UCGCACACUUCAUCGAAAAAGAUGAAGUGGAAGUCGUUCCAUGCAGCUGGGUUUCUGGUAACAUGUGCAGUUGGCCUAGGCAGGCCAUGAGCAAAGUUCACAGCAUGAUAAGAAAAGGUUCUCCCCCUGGCCUUGACUGCGACGAGUUUGAAGUUGUUGUGAAAGGAAUUUUUUCAUGCUAUAAGGAUGCCAGGGAGAAGCUUGCAAUUUCAGCAUUUACGUCUGAUCUUGAGACAAAUGAGCUCCCGCCAAAGAGGAUUCGCCGUCCUCCUCGACUGUUCGACAGUGAAGAUGAAGACUACCCGCCUAUACCAGACAGCUUUGUGAAAAACAAUCCACUGAAGAACCCGAAGCAUCAUGGCCAAAAAUUCAGUGAAGCAUCAGCCAGCAACGUCCAGCACACAGUUACGUCGCCACAUGUGCCAUGUGUUACAAGCAAAGCGGGCAGAAGUCACCAUUCUAGUUCACCUUACAGCGACCAAGCCCUCGCUUUUCCGCUGAGAUGUGCAAAUUUCAGAUCGCUCAAGGGAUUCCUCCCCAGCAUCCCAGAAUGAACUUCCCACUGAUAAUGAAGAAAGGUACCAACGACCCUUGGAAACUGCUGCUAAUUCUGAAAAAUCUUUUGAAAAGGCACUGCCUAAGCAUGAAUUUCAGCGUCAGGUGCUCAAAAAUUUUCACAUUCUGCGUUUGACGGUGCAGCAGCUCAGUGAUCUAGUUUGUGGGCUUGUACCACAGGAGCCAUCUACAACAUGUGCCCCUUUACUUCUGACUGAGGCACUUCAGACUGUGGAGCAGUUAGAAGGUUUUGAACGGAGCCUGACGCAGCAGAAAGAAGACCAGUUGAGCCAGGAGCUUGCUCUCCUUGGUGGAGGGUCAGUAAAGGCUGUCGUAAGACGCAUAAUGGGUCACCUCUUUACUGAUGACGUUGGAGAACAAUUCAGCUGGGAGGGCAGAAAGGGAAAGCAUGUAUUCAAGGAUUUGAAACUGUGUGCUGCAAUAAUAAGAGCUGUGCAUUCAAACAAAAAGCUUGGAAAAGCCACACACCACGACAUAGAGAAGGAAGUAAAGGAAUGGCUACGCCACGCAAAGGAAAGGAAGGACAGGCGGAAGGCUAAUUAAGUUGGCUCAGUUAUUUACCUGCCUCAGUCCACAAGAACUUACGCUGUCCUUGGAGGCACCCUAGCACAGUAUGCUGUUGACGAAAUCUCGCCACCAAUAUAUAUAUAUUUUUUCUUUUUCUUCUUUUUUUGCUUGAGUGCAUCAAUACCGCCCUGUGUACAAUUGUGGAUCAUAUUUUGUACAACGCUAUGAUGUUCAUCUUUGUGUCUUUGUGUUAAUAGAUGUAACACGAAAUGUCUCAACAUAUAGCACUGUUGUGUUUGUAUCACAAUCUUGAGUUGUUUUGUUAUCUGUUGAAGCUGGGGGAGGGCCUCAGUUUUAUAGACUACUUCUACGCAGGCACUUGGAGUUGUAUAUGUAUAUAUAUAUAUCCAUUACAAAAAGACCAGCAACUGCUUGA